AUGUCCAACCAAGUAUUUAGAAUCUGCCUUAUUUUAAUAGGCUGUUUAUGUCAGGAAAGCUAUUAUAACCAUUUUCGUAACAUAGGGUUGCGAUUUAGGAUAUGUUGAGGUUGAAGGUUAUUGUAGAAAUGUAAGCAAUUGUCCAUCUGACUGUUAAAUUUGUCCAAAUAGUACAACAUGUAACACAUGCUUGCCAGGAUUUUAUCGUAAUACUUUUUAUCUAUUUUUUUUUUAGGUUAUGCAUAUCAUAUAGUUUAUUAUUGUGGGGCUUGUUAAGAUGGUGUUAAAGUUUCUAGCAAUUCAUGAGAUUGCUCAACUUGCUUUCCAAAGUUUUAUAAAUCUGGCUCGAAUUGUUUAGAUUGCCCUAGUUAUUGUGCCACUUGCACAUCUAGCACUGUAUGUUAAAAUUGUGAGGAUCCCUAUUAAACUAUUGGAACUAUUUGCUCAAUUUGUGAUAUUUCUUGCAAGACUUGUUAAGAUACUAGUUGUACUUGUACAUCAUGUGAAGUUGGCUAAUAUCUUUCAAAUUCAUAAUGUCUUCCUUGCUCGUCUCCUUGUUCUGCUUGUAUCAACAACUCAAAUGAGUGUAGUUCUUGUAUUGAUAGUAAUAAAACAGUAAACAAUUUAUAAUGUGUUUGCAAUGAUGAAUAUUAUAGUGAUGCAUCAAAUUAAUGUUAGCUUUGUAUUACACCCUGUUCAAAGUGCGUAAACAAUCCAAAUGAUUGUACAUAAUGUAUCUCUACUUUUACAUUAAGUUAAGAUACAUAAUAUAAAUGUGAAUGUUAAUCUGGCUAUUUUCCUUAAAAAUGUUAAAAAUGUUUAAGUCCUUGUUAAACUUGUGAAACAAAUUAGAAUUACUGUUUAUCCUGUGUUGAUAGAAAUUAAGCAGUAACUUCUCUUCAUCAAUGCUAAUGUAACAUAGGUUGGAUUUUAAAUAACGAUGGUAUCACAUGCAUUAAAUGUGAAUUGCCAUGCUUAGUUUGUGUAGAUACAAUAACUAAAUGUAUUACUUGUUAAGAAUUACAUUAAUAACCUGAGAUAUGUGAAUGUGAUUCUGGAUGGAUUUAAGAUGAGCAUUACUUCUGCAUAUCUUGUUUAGAGCCAUGUAAAACUUGUGACAUUUCUACCUCAAAAUGUUUGACAUGUGUGGAUCCUCAUCAUGAACUUAAUUAAAUAUCGUAAUGUGUUUGCAAAUCAACUUACUAUUCAGAUACUUUAACCACAUGUGUAAAGUGUAUAGAACCUUGUUUUGAAUGUGAUACAAAUGGAUGUAUCACCUGCUUAGAUAUAAAUUAAAUUUUAGAUUCGAAUAAGUAGUGUGUUUGUAAAUCUGGAUAUCUCUAACAAGGCGUUAUAUGCCUUCAAUGUAAAAAUCCAUGUUCUAAUUGUAUCAACACAGUUAAUGAAUGUCUAUCAUGCAUAGAUCCUAAUUAAAUAAUCAAAGAUUAUUAAUGUUUAUGUAAAGUAGGAUUUGUAUAGAAGGGAAACUUUUGUUGUGAUAAAUAUUGCAUAGAUUGCGAAGGAGUAGAUAAUUGUAAUAAUUGUAUGAAGGGAUUCUAUCUAUCCAUAAUUAGUAGGUGUUUAUAAUGUAUUGAUCAUUGUGAUGUGUGCUUCAAUCAAAUCAAUUGUGAAAUUUGUUAAGAGGAAGACUUUAUCAGUUAAUUGUCAUAAUGUGAACCAUGUAUUCCUUAUUGUAAAGUAUGUGGAAAUUCAUCUAGUUGUGAUUUAUGCUUUAAUGGUUAUUAUCUGUUGGAUUAGAAAUGCGAAUCAUACAAUCAAAAUUGUGAAACUUGUAAUGAAUCAUCUAAUAAAUGUCUUACUUGUAGAUCUAAUUAUGAAAUUGAUCCUAAUAAUUAAUGCAUCUGUAAAGAAAGAUAUUAUGAAUAGUAGAAUCAAUGUCAUAAAUGUGAAUAUCCAUGUAAAAAAUGCUUAAGUAAAACAAUAUGUUAAGAAUGUGAACUGCUAUCUAAUUUACACUUAAAUUUGAAAUUUGAAUGUAACUGCAGUUCAGGUUAUUUCUGGAAUCAAAACAGUUGUUCUUAGUGUUAUUAAUCCUGUUUAACUUGUAUCGAUAAUUAAUUUAAUUGUCUGAGUUGUGAAUAAAGUCUUCAUCGGAUUUUAGACAAUAAUAAAUGUGUCUGUGCUUAAAAUUAUUUUGAAAGUGAAAAUCGAAUUUGCAUUUCAUGCUCGGAUUAAUUGGGAAAAUCUUAAGAAAGUUGCAAAUAUUAAGAUUGCAAAGAUUUAAUUUGGACUUAUGGGGAAGAAUGCGAUGAUGGAAAUAAUGUAAAUAGAGACGGUUGUUCUAAUUGUAAGAUUGAUAAUAACUACUCUUUGUUGUAAUAAAAUACUAAAACAAUCUAUUUUUUUUCAAUGUUCUACCAAUUGCAUUUAAUGUUUACUUAUUCCUUACACAAAUAAAUCUUAAUGUAUAAAAUGUAAAGCGGGUUAUUUCUUAAAUAAAAAUGAUUGUGUCUUAUGUUCAAUCAACUGUUUGGAAUGUAUUGAUAAUGCUUAUAAUUGUAUAAGUUGUAAAUUUCCAUAAUAGAACAAUCAUAAAUGUUAAUUCUGUAAAUCAGGAUAUUAUGCAGACGAGAUAAAUGGAUUUUGUCAUAAUAAAUGUGGAGAUUAUAUUAAAAUAAAUGAGGAGGAAUGUGAUGACGGAAAUCUUAUUUAAGGAGAUGGAUGCGAUGAUUAAUGUAAACUAGAAAAGAAGUUUAUAUUUCUAAAUGGUGUAAGUAUCUUACCAAAUUAUCCAAAGCCAUUAUUAUAGAGUGAAGGCACUUCUUAGGUUUAUUCUGCUAUCAGAUUAUUUAAAUUAUCCUACACCUCUCAAAUUGUUAUAACAGAUGUUUUUUAAUUAAAGAUUAUCUAUCCUUACAUAUUUCAAACAAUCAUGGCGUUUAAUUAGUAAAUCAAUCCUUGA